AACAUUAACUGCGGGUUGCCCGUUUCACUUUCCCCAAUCUCUCCAUCGCUUUCCCUCUCUGAGACAGCUCUUUCCCACACGCCUGCACCACCACCAGCCAGCCAGCUACCAUUGCCCUAGCCUGCCUUGCCUUACUUUACGUUGGCCUACUCCUGCCUGCCUGCCUGCAGUACCCUAUCCUGCUGCUACCGUUGCUGCUAUCCUAUCCUAUCCUAUCCUCUAUUACUCCAGAAACAACCACCUCGAUCCAUCAAUCAAUCCGUUUCGGUAUGUAGGCAUUAUUUCCCUUUUCUCUCACUCUUCCCUACCUACCUACCUAUCAACCAACCAACCAACCAACCCACUUACCCUCGAUUACCUGUUCCCGCCCUGUCCUGCCUGCCUGCCUGCCUGGCAUUCACACACCACUCACACCCAUACACCCAUACAUACAUCUGUCAAUUCCCAAACCGUUUUACUCUACCCUUGUUGACCGCUCCAAAAAAAAAGAAACCUCAUCGCUUCUGACGGGCAUUGAACCUCUCUCUCUCUAUCUCUCUUCCAACGGCGGCCUCAAAAAAUUACCGGUCCCUCACUUUUUUUUUCUUCCUCAUCACUACUGCCCACCGCAUUAAAGAGAGGCGGCCCACGAGCAAAAACAGCCUUGUAACUCUCCACACCACAAGCUGUCGCCCACAAGCAGUUAGCCCACCACUUCGACAACCUGCGCGUCCAACCACAAUGGCCUCUGAAAUCACCGACCACGAUCAGAACGCGUCGCCCUCUGUCCACGACGACGGCAUCGGCAAUGGUGCUCUCGUCCAAGGCGACGCUGCCCGGGGCACCAAGCGCCAGCGCCCGGCCGCCGACGACGACGACGAUGACGAUGACAAGCCUGGCCGUGAGCGCAGAAAGAUUGAGAUCAAGUUUAUCCAGGACAAGUCGCGCAGGCACAUCACCUUCUCCAAGCGCAAGGCCGGAAUCAUGAAAAAGGCCUACGAACUGUCGGUCCUCACGGGCACCCAAGUGCUGCUGCUCGUCGUGUCCGAGACGGGUCUUGUUUACACCUUCACCACACCCAAGCUGCAGCCGCUUGUGACAAAACCCGAGGGCAAGAACCUUAUUCAAGCGUGCCUCAACGCACCAGAACCCUCAUCCGAUAACGGCAAUGGCGUCGACGAUGGCAACGGCGGCGAGUCGCCCGAAGACAGCCAUGCCCAGAUGCCUGCGCAACCUCGAGGAAUGCCUCCAGCUCAGGGCAUGCCCCAGGCAUACAUGACUCCUGAAGCCGCUCUGCAUUACCAGCAGUAUCUGACCCAGACGCAACAACCUACAAGUCAAUACCCAGGAAUGCCGCAAGGCGGUAUGCCUCGCCACCCCGCCCAGCACUACCCUCAGGACCAGAAGCUGAGCUAAAUAUGAUACACACAGAACUUCUUUGAUUUGCAGACAGUACUGGCGGCGCAUCUCGGAAUAUGGAUACCCUCACGGCGAAAGAAAAUAAUAAGGUGCUGCUCUCCUGAUACUGCCAAUGCACACGAGAAAUUGGCUGCAAGUAUGGGCGAUAUGGAGCAAUGUCGGGUGCUCGGAUGGCACGGUUCGAAUCAGGCGGUUGGCUGUACGUCUUUACGUGGGUAUGGCGUGGUUGUUUUCAAUAUAUCAAACAUUUCCCUUACUCUCUCAUGCCCCUUGCUCGAAUUCUGUUCUGUCGCUUUGGUAUCCUCAUGUACUCAGCAUUCCCACCCAAAGCAUAAUCGUACAAUACCAUGAUUUUUGAACGCAGACCAAAACAUGAUGAGAUUUUUUUCACAAGUCGGUCUCGUGGUGAUGUGACGUCUGAUGAUGAAGGUUUUGCUUUUUUAUGAUUUUUUUUGUUCUUGUUCCGUUUUGGGGUUGCGGCGGCUCAAUCGGGUGGACUACACAAGCUGCCUGAUUUGAGUUACACAAGAAGGCAAACGACCUGCCUAAUCCCCACUCGUUUGCAUGACUCUUGCCCCCCAACCAUCGUUUCGUAUGCGAUGCUGCAUGCAUGUCUUUCAUUGGUAAAGAUGGAGCUAGGGAGCAGAAGCAGAAGAAGAAGAUUGAUAUGUAGGGGUAUCAUUUGACAGUCAUCAUCAUACGUUUGGAUCACACAUCUAAAUCACCAUGAACACAACACAUGACUUUUACCCUGGAUUCCGGCUUGAUGGCUGAAACUUGAAACUUCCCUUCCAGCCUGUUGGCUUGCCUUUGUGUAACUAUGCACAUACAUAUGCACGUCACCGCUGCUGCUUUGACUCGUCGUUGCCUUCUUUUCUUUGCAUCUAAUGUAGUCUCUCAUACGCGAAUCAGAUGGAUACACUGGAGGAGAAAAGCUCAUGUAUACACCCAAGACCCUCCAGGCACGCAGCUCAACCAUGAGUGAGCGAGCGAGGGGUAGAGGAAAGAAGAAAGUCGGCGGGAUGAGGCUGGUUCGUCGCACAUUGUUCCCGUCUAUUGUCGUGCGAGAAGUGUGCAUGACCGACCGACCAAGUCGAGUUUGCGAGUCCAAACAUCCGCAGCAAUAGUGUCGAAAGCAAUAUUUCUCUGGUACCAUAUUCCCGUCAUGGGAAGUCAUCGCUCCAGGGUCUACUACUUCAAGUGUGUGUUUUCAACCAAUCCGAACUCGGGCUCAAAAGCUGCAUAUACCUAUCCCAACACUUGCUUUCCCCGGUACCUAGAUGUGGUAGAGAAGUGUCCGUGGAAUCACCACCACCAUACGAACCGCUGGCUCGGGCUCCCUCAUCGUAAAGUGCCGUGUAUAUGUGUCUUCUUGCCUGCCUCGAGGCUGCAUGACGCUGUGUAACCAUUCAACACACACGAGUCCUCGAGCCGAGGCUGCGGUGCCCUGAUGUUGCAUGUGCAUCAUCGUCUUUCCGUCGGGGAUUUGUUUGUUCGUCUACUCCUGUUGGGUUGGAUCGUUGCAGUACCCCCGUCGGUUCUUAAAGUGAGUGUGUGUGUGUGUGUGUGUGUGUGUGUUGCAGAGGGGAUCGGGAUGGAUUUCCAAUAGGGCCCGAAGGAAAUGCUUCCGUCCUUUUCGUGUGACUCGGUUACUGUGUAUUGCAAGUAUGAUUACGGCGUAUGCUGCAAUCCUUCGCCAGUGGGGAUAAGCUCCCUCUCCAUGUCCUGUCCUAAGUCAUGUAUCUAUAUACGUACUUAGGUAUGUACAGUGGCUUCCUACAUACAUAUGUACAUAUCGCCGCCCGCCUGACCCCAUCGCAACAACGCGCCGUCCAGAGGGAAAAUCUUUCAGACUGACGCAGCAGGGUCCUUCCCCCAUCCCCCUCCCCCGAGUCUGUCCAAUCAAACGCCCUUGACCGCGCAGCCCGCAUAACAAUGAUAGCCCUAACCUUCACAUUCCUUGGGAAACCAGCUUCCGACUUGUUAUUUUUCUUGCCCUCGCUCUGGGAUUCCGAGGGACUCUUGCUAGGUUUCUGAUGUGGCUGAUGUGAUGCUAUUU